UUGACGUCAUUACGACACGACUCAUGCUGUACACUAGACAUUCUCUGUGUACACUUAAUAUAGCGACUAUUCUCAAAUAUAGCGUGUAAAUAAAGGCCUGAAGAUGCCUAUGAAAGGACGGUUUCCCAUCAGACGAACAUUAGAAUACCUCCAGAAAGGUGAACUUGUCUUAAAAAACAGAGUCAAGAUUAUGUCGGUAAAUUACAACACAAGCGGAGAGCUCAGCGAAGGAGCAAGAAAGUUCGUGUUCUUCAAUGUACCGCAAAUACAGUACAAAAAUCCUUGGGUCCAAAUCGUUAUGUUCAAGAACAUGACACCGUCCCCUUUCUUGAAAUUCUACUUGGAUGAUGGUGAGCAGGUGCUAGUGGAUGUGGAGGGGAAGGACUUUAAACACAUCACCCAGCAUGUGAAGAAGAUUCUUGGCAAGACAGAAGAAGUCUUGCAGAUGGAGACUCUUGCCAAAAUGGAAGCUUCUAAUCCAGCCAAUUUUGGGCCCAAGAAAUACUGCCUGAAGGAGUGCAUCUGUGAAGUUGAAGGCCAAGUACCCUGCCCAGGCACCACACCUCUGCCCCAAGAGAUGACAGGGAAGUACCGCAUCAAGAUGGCAGCUGCACAGGACUGAGCUUUGAUUGCUGCAGAGGAAGGAAUGGACAUUGAAUGGACUUAACCAAACCAUAUUAUGUUUCAUGGAAUUUAAUGUUUUGUAUUUGUACAUAAAUUGAUUAAACAUGAUUAUCUUGUACUAUCUGAA